AUAAAUACCAGUGGAACAGAACAUUUCAGGAACUGAAUCUAUUGUAGCGCCUGCUGAAGAGAGGACAUCAAGUGUUCUGAGGCAGAACAACAACUGCAGUUUUCCAUAAAGCAGACAUUUAUUUACAUGCCGUGGCAGCAGACGAUGAUGGAUUUCAGCAUGGUGAUCAUCUUUGCUCUGCUGCAGAUAGCUGAGGUCCAGACCCAGACCUACUUGGAAUGGAAAGAAGUGCAUCCACCACAACUGCCUAAGGACGCUGUUCCUGUCUUUGACAAGAAAUCAAAGCAAACUUUUUAUGUGGCUAGAUUGGAAGACUGUACACCUUGCUUCUAUGACAGCGCUAAAAAAUCGUGUUCGGUUUCAACAUUUCAUGGAGAAUUCAAUUUAGGACACACUGUCCAGAAUAGAAAAAUGUCAUUUUUAUUGAAUAAGGAUAACUUCGAAAUAUUUGAGUGGAAGAAAUCUUCAUUUGGAGAGGUUCCACCUUUACCAGUGGAGACUUGUAAUGGUUACUUUAUUGCUAGAAAUGACUUUGGGUUAGGCUAUAUGAUCGAUAACAGUUUAAUAACGAUUGGUGCUAAAAAACAAGACACCACCGAAAAUGAGGUUCUCACCCUAAACCAUGACAUUAAAGGGCAGCAUUUAACCAUUACUGAGUAUCAAAUUGGAAAUGCCAAGGCAUCAGAAAACAUAGCAGUACUGAAACAUUUCACGGCCUCCAACAAGAACUGUGACCCAGCCAAACAACAGGUGAAGUUGGACCAAGGCAUCGAUAAAACAGUUUCAUUCCUAAAGACCCGUACGCAUACGUUUGGAGGGACAGGAGAGACAUCCGUCAGCGGUAAGGUUCCAUUUAUAACAAGUAUAGGAGGAAAGCUUGGCUUGAAAUACGACUAUAGCCGCCUCAAUUCUAAGACGACAUCCACAGUUGAGAAAAGCUUGCACUCAGUGAGUAUGGAGGUGCAGGUUCCCGCCAACCACGCUUGCAGCAUUGUUAUUAAUAGCAAUACCUUUACAGCUGAUGUCCCGUUCACUGGCCAGCUCACUAGAGUAUACAACAACGGUGAAGCACGCAGAACCUUGACUGAUGGCAUCUACAGUCAUCAGGAAGUGGCAGAAAUACAAGCGCUUGUGAAUCCCUGUACUCCACUUGUAGAUAAAAAGAGAUGUUAGUCAGUUUCUGUAAUAGAAAAUGAAUGAUGUGUUGACAAGUAUAUGUUCAACAGAAUGUCAUGGCAUGCUCCACAAGUAACACCAUUAAAUUGUCUUUAAACUGGC